AUGUACAGCCCGGGGAUGUGGCUUCUUGCCCUCAUACCGGUCAUUUCGGUCAUGUUUCUAUCAAUAGCAGAAGCUGCGUGGCCGGUCCAAUCAUUCAAGAGCUCCCCAUUCCACCCACCCGUUCUCGAAGUUUCAAAGACAGGACAGACAGAGCCCGGAUACAUCUUCGGCGGCCCAGCCGACAUAAAAAGCGACACCAGGCCCACAAUAGUAGCUGACGAUGGGCAGUUGAUUUGGAAAGGGGGGCUUGGGCAGUUUCCAUCAAAAUUUUGUCACGUCUUUGACACCGGCCUCUCUUAUCUUGACCUGCAUGAGGCGGUGAUUACACCCCAUGGCUCGGUGUUAGUGACUGCGUUCAAUACUACGCGUGGGGAUCUGUCGGUUCUUGGUGGGUCCGCCGAUGGUAGGCUGCUCGAUUCCUUGUUCUAUGAGAUCGACAUAGCCAGCAAAGAAAUCCUCUUCCGCUGGAGCGUCUUGGAGCACCUCGACCGUACGAAUUCGUAUAUACCACUGGCAGCGAAAGGCGACAGCCAAGAGAGUCCUUGGGAUUUUGCGCAUCUUAAUUCCGUGCAGAUGGAUGGAGAUAGGUAUAUUGUCACGGUGCAUGGGUUUUGUAGUGAGUAUAUCAUUGAUCGGAAUGGAAGGGCCGGGACGGUUGGCGAUUUCACGCUUGGCCCAGGGGCCCAAUUCUGCUGGCAACAUGAUGCUCGAAUCGAGUCGCGGACCGAAAACACCAUCACACUACGUAUGCACAACAAUGAUAAUGCGCCCUGGGCCAGUGGGACAGCCGUGACGACCGGGCUUCUGUUAGACGUCGAUCUCGAUACCAAAGCAGUCUCGGUGCGUCGCCGAAUCUGGGAUUCUCAGAACGCAAUUUACUCGCCAUCACAGGGCAGCUAUCAAAGUCCCCGCAAUGGCCAUGUUCUCCUCGGCCACGGCACAAUCCCGCAAUUGGAAGAAUACGAUGAACACGGCCAGGUCGUGAUGCGCGCCCGCUUCGGACAAGACGGGGUUAUGAUGUCGUAUCCCAUGUUUCGGUCGCCCUGGAUCGGCCGGCCUCGUACCUAA